AUGGUCAGCUCUCUGCGUCGCGUCAACCGCAAGGCCCACUUUGAUGCCCCGGGUCAUAUUAGGCGAAAGAUCAUGUCGGCUCCUGUGAGCAAGGAGUUGCGCUCGCAGCACGGUGUACGUAUCUAA